UCCCCGGACGCUUUAGGGAAGGUAGCCGCGGAAUACACUGAAACCCGGGCCGUUGGUGGACCGCGUAGGCCUUCCUAGGCCGCCAUGAACCGGCUCCAGGAUGACUACGAUCCCUACGCGGUGGAAGAGCCGAGUGACGAGGAGCCGGCUCUGAGCAGUUCUGAAGAUGAAGUCGACGUGCUAUUACAUGGAACUCCUGACCGAAAACGAAAACUCAUCAGGGAAUGUCUUACUGGAGAAAGUGAAUCAUCCAGUGAAGAUGAAUUUGAGAAAGAAAUGGAAGCUGAAUUAAACUCCACCAUGAAAACAAUGGAGGAUAAGUUAUCCUCUAUGGGGACAGGAUCUUCCUUGGGAGUUGGGCAUGUUGGAGGAGUCACAGCAAAGUACUAUGAUGACAUUUAUUUUGAUUCCGAUUCUGAGGAUGAAGACAAAGCCACACAAGUGACCAAGAAGAAGAAGAAACAGCGCAGGAUCCCAACAAAUGACGAGUUACUCUAUGAUCCUGAGAAAGAUAACAGAGACCAAGCCUGGGUUGAUGCGCAGAGGAGGGGUUAUCAUGCUUAUGGCCUGCGGAGACCACAUCAGAAGCAACAGCCGGUUCCAAACAGUGACGCUGUUCUGAAUUGCCCUGCCUGCAUGACCACCCUGUGCCUUGACUGCCAGAGGCAUGAGUCCUACAAGACUCAGUACAGAGCAAUGUUCGUGAUGAAUUGCUCUGUCAACAGAGAGGAGGUUCUAAGAUACAAGAACCCAGGAAACAGGAAGAAAAAGCGGGGUGCUAAGAAGAUGAGGUCAAACCCUGAAGGUCCUAUGGAGACAGACGUGGAGGACGUCUAUCACCCUGUCAUGUGCACAGAGUGUUCUACUGAGGUGGCGGUCUAUGACAAGGAUGAAGUCUUCCACUUUUUCAAUGUGUUAGCAAGCCAUUCCUGAGGACAGCAGGUAACUGACUCCACAGCCCUGUGUGAAGCACAUAUGGACUCUUUCCUCUUUCCUAUCAUAUCACUCAGUGACAUUGGUUAUUAAAGCAGUAUUUCAUCGUUAUGAAAGAAUGGUCAUCAACCUUUAUCUCUUCUCCCUUUUUUCUUUUUAGUUUUCCCAUGAGUAAUGACGGACUAAUUAUUCUUUUCACUUUUGGUGCAUCUGGAGACUUUGGGGCUUUUUAUUUAUUAGAUUAGCUUCCGAGAAUUAAAUAGUUCUGGAAUAAGUAUUGUUUCUUAGUGUUUGGCCAUUUUCUACUGCUAUAGCAAAGUACUAGAGGUUGAUGCUUUGUAAAGAAAUGAGUUUCAGGGAUUGUCAAGAUGGCUCUGCACUUCUUUUUUUUUUUUUUUUUUUUUUUUUUGGUUUUUCGAGACAGGGUUUCUCUGUGGUUUUGGAGCCUGUCCUGGAACUAGCUCUUGUAGACCAGGCUGGUCUCGAACUCACAGAGAUCCGCCUGCCUCUGCCUCCCGAGUGCUGGGAUUAAAGGCGUGCGCCACCACCGCCCGGCCCAGCUCUGCACUUCUUGUGUGAGCCUGACAACCAGGGAUUGCUGAAUCCCUGGAGCCCUCAGUGGAAGAACAGUAUGACUCUCAGGAUUUCCUGUGACUGACCCAGACAUGCACGCAUACCCGUGCACAUGUGCAAACACACACACAUAGGACCUGAAAAGUGGCGGAGUGUUGAGAAUUUAGUGGGGUAGCAGACAGAAGUGGGGCCAGUAAGUAGGUGUAAAGUUCAGUGCCAUGCAUCUGAGAAUGCCAUGAUGAAACAAGCCUGUUUUGUAUGUCAUGGAACAUUAAAUAAACUACUCUGAAGAACUGUUGUUUGUGCCCUCUCACUUAGAGAGCAGUCUUGACACCAGACAUUGCCAAGGCUAUUUGGGCCGGGCGCACAGAACUAAGACACAGUGCAGCUCGCUUUAAAUGGAGCAUAAAAUUCCUGUUUAAGGGUCUUAAACAGACCCAGUUGAAGUUAAUUAUUCCUUCUUCAGCUGGCUUAUUGUGUCAUGCCCUAUU